AUUUAUUUGUACCAAUAAGAAAAGCCCACGCAUUUUGCUGACAGUUCUUUAAAAAUGGCCACGCGGUGGACGAUAAAUCAGCUCUUUCUGUAUUUUUUAAUUAUUUUUUCAUCAUUAUCAAAUAUAUUGACAGUGAAUGGAAACCGAUAUGUAACUUGUAGUUCAGUAUUAAAAUUAUUAAAUGUUGAUUACAAUGUCAGACUACACUCUCAUGAUGUAAAAUAUGGUAGUGGCAGUGGUCAACAAUCAGUUACUGCUACAGAAGCUAAAGAAGAUGCUAAUUCUUACUGGCUAAUAAAAGCUCCUACAGGAAAAUUUUGUGCUAGAGGUAAACCAAUCAAAUGUGGUGGAACUAUUAGGUUAGAACACGUAAAUACAAAAAAAAAUCUUCAUUCACACUUGGUUCGUUCCCCUCUGAGUGGAAAGCAAGAAGUAUCAGCUUAUGGUGAUACUAAAGGUGAAGGAGAUACUGGAGAUCAUUGGAAGGUUGUUUGUCAAUCAGAUUUUUGGGAAAGACAAGAGCCUGUGAUGCUUCAACAUAUAGAUACUCAAACAUAUUUAUCAGUCAGUGGUAGAACUUAUGGGUCGCCUAUCGCAGGGCAAGCUGAAGUAGUAGGAGAACACUCAUCAAGUGGCCAUACUCAGUGGCAAGCUAUGGAAGGCUUGUUUAUAAAUCCAUCUGACUUCAAAAAUCAUCAUAUACACCAUACUGAAUUGUAAAGUUUACUCAAUAGUACUAUAAUCAAAUGUUAAC